GAGCUGGGCUUGGCACAGACACCCACUUCUCCCGCCGUGUGCCCAGCGGCUGGCCGCACCGUGCCGUGGAGGAGGAGGAGAAGGAGGAGGAGGAGGAGGAGCGGAGCGGCGGCGGCAGCGCUCCUUCCUCCGCGGGUGCGGGCGAGUGUGCGGGCGGGCGCGCAGCCCCCAUGCCAGGCGGGUGCCCCGCCGCCCGCAGCCCGACCCCUUCCGCCCGGGAGCAUCCCGCCAGCACUUCGCCACGGAGGAGCCGGCGGCCCUUGGGAUUAAAAUACUCACCGCGCCGGGAAGCCGAGGCAGAGAGGGAGCAGGUACCUGUUACAACAUUUCUUUGGUGAAGGCUAUUCAGCAGUGGUGACAUCUUCCAAUCGACCACUCUGCAAAUUAUUAUCUCUGGACUCCCAGCUGACACCCUGCCAGAGGCUAGAGCUACUGAGACAACUGGAAUUGUGCCUGCUUUGGUCAAGGUUUUUUCUUUCACGGAGGAAAAAAAAAAAAAAAAAAAAAAAAAGAUGAAGCUGGGCAAAGCGGAGUUCUGCCAUUUUCUGCAGAUACUAGCUCUUCUCCUGUGUCUUUCUGGGAUGAAUCAAGCAGAGCUCACAAGGUCCAGGUCAAAGCCCUACUUUCAAUCAGGGAGGACGAGAACCAAACGCAGCUGGGUGUGGAAUCAAUUCUUUGUGCUGGAAGAAUACAUGGGUACAGACCCACUCUAUGUAGGAAAGCUUCACUCUGAUGUUGAUAAAGGAGAUGGUUCCAUCAAAUACAUCUUGUCAGGCGAAGGGGCAAGUUCCAUUUUCAUUAUUGAUGAGAACACGGGGGAUAUUCAUGCUACAAAGAGGCUGGAUCGAGAAGAGCAGGCCUACUACACACUCCGAGCACAAGCACUAGAUAGGCUGACUAAUAAACCUGUGGAACCAGAAUCUGAGUUCGUCAUUAAGAUUCAGGACAUCAAUGACAAUGAACCAAAAUUUCUGGAUGGCCCCUACACUGCCGGAGUUCCUGAGAUGUCUCCUGUGGGUACCUCUGUGGUUCAAGUGACAGCCACUGAUGCAGAUGAUCCUACUUACGGCAACAGUGCUCGAGUCGUUUAUAGCAUAUUGCAAGGACAGCCUUACUUCUCUGUGGAGCCAAAAACAGGUGUUAUCAAGACUGCCCUUCCAAAUAUGGAUAGAGAAGCCAAGGACCAGUACCUGUUGGUUAUUCAAGCAAAGGACAUGGUUGGGCAGAAUGGUGGAUUGUCAGGGACCACAUCUGUAACUGUCACCCUGACUGAUGUUAAUGACAACCCACCCCGCUUUCCACGCAGAUCAUACCAAUAUAAUGUCCCAGAGUCUUUGCCAGUGGCUUCCGUGGUGGCCAGAAUAAAAGCUGCAGAUGCAGAUGUGGGACCUAAUGCUGAAAUGGAGUAUAAAAUUGUGGAUGGUGAUGGUUUGGGAGUAUUCAAAAUUUCUGUUGACAAAGACACUCAAGAGGGAAUCAUAACAAUUCAGAAGGAGUUGGAUUUUGAAGCUAAGACAAGCUAUACCCUGAGGAUAGAAGCAGCCAAUAUGCAUAUUGAUCCUCGUUUCCUGAGUCUGGGACCUUUCAGUGACAUGACAACAGUGAAGAUAAUUGUAGAAGAUGUUGAUGAGCCACCUGUGUUUACUUCACGUUUGUACUCCAUGGUGGUGUCUGAAGCAGCAAAGGUUGGCACUAUCAUUGGAACUGUGGCGGCCCAUGAUCCAGAUGCCUCAAAUAGUCCUGUCAGGUAUUCUAUAGAUCGAAACACGGACCUGGAGAGGUAUUUCAAUAUUGAUGCCAACAGUGGAGUCAUUACAACUGCUAAAUCUUUGGACAGGGAAACCAAUGCUAUUCAUAAUAUCACAGUUUUGGCCAUGGAAAGUCAGAAUCCAGCACAGAUUGGGAGAGGCUAUGUAGCCAUUACUAUCCUUGACAUAAAUGACAAUGCCCCUGAAUUUGCCAUGGAAUAUGAGACAACCGUCUGUGAAAAUGCUCAGCCUGGUCAGGUGAUCCAGAAAAUUAGUGCAAUUGAUAAAGAUGACCCACCAAAUGGCCAUCAGUUCUACUUCAGUUUAACAGCAGAGGCAGCAAAUAACCACAAUUUUACACUGCAGGACAACAAAGAUAACACUGCAACAGUAUUAACCAAAAGAAAUGGGUUUCGAAGACAGGAACAGUCUGUUUUCUACUUGCCAAUAUUCAUAGUGGACAGUGGAUCGCCUUCACUUAGUAGCACUAAUACCCUCACCAUCAGGGUCUGUGAUUGUGAUGCAGAUGGUAUUGCUCAGACAUGCAAUGCAGAAGCGUAUAUCUUGCCUGCAGGACUUAGCACUGGAGCCCUGAUAGCAAUAUUGGCUUGUGUCUUGACACUGCUAGUUCUUGUCUUGCUGAUUGUCACCAUGAGGCGACGGAAAAAAGAGCCCCUCAUUUUUGAUGAAGAGAGAGAUAUCAGAGAGAACAUUGUCAGGUAUGAUGAUGAGGGUGGUGGAGAAGAGGACACAGAGGCUUUUGACAUGGCUGCCUUGAGGAACCUCAAUAUCAUGCGAGACACCAAGACCAGAAGGGAUGUGACGCCUGAGAUUCAGUUCUUGAGCAGACCAACUUUUAAAAGUAUCCCAGAUAAUGUAAUUUUUAGGGAAUUUAUCUGGGAAAGACUAAAAGAAGCUGAUGUGGAUCCCUGUGCACCACCCUAUGACUCCCUGCAGACAUACGCGUUUGAGGGGAACGGCUCAGUGGCAGAGUCGCUCAGUUCUUUAGAUUCCAUCAGCUCAAACUCUGACCAGAACUACGAUUACCUCAGUGACUGGGGCCCUCGUUUUAAAAGGCUUGCAGACAUGUAUGGGACUGGACCAGACUGCUUAUACUCAUAGCCUUGGAACCUUUCUCUGAAAAUGCACUGAAGAAUAUUAAAAUAGAAAACUCAACCUUUCGGACUAAGGAAAGUUGUAAAUAUUUCUCCAUUUUUAAACUUUUAGGUUGCUGUUUUGUUUUGUUUUGUUUUGUUUUGUUUUUUGCCUUGGUGGAACAUAUCUUCAUUAAACUUGUCCUAGGGACUGCACUGACCAUACAAAAUUUUAGCUUUUGGUAGCAUUUUUUAUAAAAUGAAAUGCUCAGCCACGUUCAAAUAGAUAGCAACACUCAAAUACCUACAGAGGCAUUUCACUUUCAAGAGUAUUUUACUGUCACCUCAACGAGCUAGGGAUACACUGUAGAUGCCUUCACAGUAUUGCUAUAUCCAGAACACAGAGUCUCUGGUAUAAGAAGAAAAAAAUUUGUAAAUUUGUAAUUCAGGACAUUACAAUAUAUGGUAUUUACACAUGCAGAGUUUUUUCAGCAGAUUUUCUUUACAGUGGGCAUGCAGCUUGCUAGAACAAAAGUAGAAGGACUGACAUGAAAACAAACAAAAGCCCAGGAGAUAUUAUUUUUGUGUUUCUCUGUGUUCUCAGAGCUAUUUAAUUAGAAGUCUCUGUAAUUUUCUGGGUAGCUUUUCAGAAAUUAUUGUUUGUACUAAGAAAUUCCACAGUAUUUGUCAUCAACUUACGAAGUAGCUUAUAAACCAUAUAAAAUGAGAAUAAUUUAGAUGUAGUCUUAUGGUUGAAAAGUUUUGUGGUGCCUAUGUAGGUAUAGAAAAGAUGUUGCUGUCUAUUUGCUAUUUUUUUAUUCUCUCUUCUGAUUUGUACAGGAGAGUUUAUCCUUUUUUAUUAUUGUUUGACAUAAAGUGUUAUAUUUAUUUUGGAGCUCCAAUCUCCACUAAAUUCAGGUCCAUUUUACUGCCUCAUGGUAUUAGACUUGUUAGAACAUGCUGAUUUUUCUCCAGUCUCAGAUAAAUGUAGGAAAUGAAGCAUGGAAAUGGAAAAAUGACAGUAAAGCAAUGACGCCCACCAUUCAUCCCUCAGAAAGGAGAGCAGCUCCAAGGAUGUACAGUUGUUCUUCUGAGCCAUUACAAAGUCUGGGACAUUUAAGUAAAAUAUUUGUACAUUGAAUUUUUUUGACAGAAGACUACAGAGGUAGCUGGGAGUGUCUUUAAUCCAAGCUUUCAUUUUCAAGGUUAAACAUGCUAUACGCUUCAAAGACUGUAAACACCUUGCUUUUCUCCUUUCCCUUCUCUUUUGCUGCUGCUGAAUGACAGUAAAAGAGUUUUCAAUUUCUUGAAAGUAUUGCAUUGCUUAACAUAAGACCAGCAAUGUAAUGCUAUUAACUUCAAAAGUCGUCUUUAUAUCCUGCUGCACAUAAGUAUUUUUUCCCCGAAGGUGUUAACUCAUUACACAUAAUUUCUACACUGGUUCAGGAGUGCCAAAAUGGAAGGACUACUGCUGUUGGUUAAAAUACUGUAUGGUUUUGAAGUAGGAUUUCUUAGAAUAAGACAGCUUUUUUAUAAUUCUGACAGUAUUUAUACUUCAUAUUUCAUGAUUUAUUACUAGAUAAUAAGGCAUAUAUUCAAGUUAAAUAGUGGUUUUAGGUAUAUUACUUCAGAUUUGUUUGUUUUGGAUAAAAUGUAGAUGAGUUCCUAAAUUAGAGUCUGCUCCUGCAAACUUUUUUGCUUGUACCUAACUUGAAAUUACUUGACUUGCCUGCAAUUACUGAGAGGUAUACAGAAUUGUUUGCAGAACUGUCUUUGUGAAUAGAAGGUGCUCCAUAGAGGAUGAUGCUCACUCUAAAAGUAUUUCUUUCUGAAAGAAGGACCCUUGUACUGAAAUCCUAAUGUAUGAGUGACAUGAGGCUGGGGGGUGAGAAAGUAUCAUUAAGGCUUUGUAAUUUUUGCAGCCCAGCAUUAUCAGUUAACAAUGUGGAAGUGGCCUUCAGCUCCAUCAAAACGAGAAAAAUAAUUUAAUCAUCUGUAACACAUUCAAUUUGAGUUACAUUUUAAUAGACAAUCAUUGUUUCAUAAUUCAGUAGAUCUGCUUCUAGUUGUAUUAAAUAUAUAUAUAUAGGUAUAUAUAUAUAUGACAAAUUUUGUAAUGAAACUGAAAGCUAUUGUCCAUGACUUUUAGUCAUACAUGUAAGAUUUUCAAUAAAAAAAUUUAAAACAAAACAAAACAAAAAAAAAAAAACGUGUAUACAGUUUAAUGAGAUUGAGAUAUGCUGCAGAAUUUAAGCAGGUAUUAAAUAAGGAAGUUUUUGAGAAAACAAUUUUUUUAUUAAUCUCCUUGUUUUUCAGAAGAUAAUUCAUGCAUCUGGAUUAAGAUGUCAAAAAUUCUGAUUUUAGCACAUAAUACUCAAAGGAGAUUUAAAUGUGGGUUAGAGUAAACAUCCCAAUUCCCUUGCUUUUCCACCUUCUGUAUCUUUAAAAAAAAAAAAAAAAAAAGGAUCCACUACUAGGAAACUAUGUUAGGGUGGGUUUUUUUGUGUGCUUUCUAUGGGAAAAAAUACUCUUUAUUCUGAUGCCAUAAAAACUCUUUGCCUAUAUAAGUUUUCUGUUGCACAGUUCUAAAAUAAUUGAAUAAGCUUUCCGUUACAUUAUAUAUGCUUACCUACUGAUUGUAUUGUUGCAGUAAGAAAGAAAGGUGGAAAUCCCUUAUGUUUGAUGACAGAUACAGUAUAUACACGAGGUAUGCAUAGUACAUAUAAUAGAUAAUGCUCUCCAUAAGUUACCAUGACUACAAGCUUUCACAGUUCAGAAUCUGAUUCAAAUUCUUUCUUUGAGUAUUAUUUAUAUUGCACACCAUGAAGUCAUAAAGUAUAUUCUAGUGACUAAAUAGUGUAAAAUGUAAGAAAUAUUUUCU